CCCGCCGGCCCGGAAGGAGCUGACGCGAGUUGGGGCUUUGGCAGCCAUCGCACUUUGCAGUUCGGUCUCAGGGUGUAGGGCCGAAGCCAAACCGGGGAUUGCGUUCUCUCCAGUCGCAGACCCUAUAAGAUUUGGAUAUGUCCUUCAUAUUUGAUUGGAUUUACAGUGGUUUCAGCAGUGUACUACAGUUUUUAGGAUUAUAUAAGAAAACUGGUAAAUUGGUAUUUCUUGGAUUGGAUAAUGCGGGAAAGACAACAUUGCUACACAUGCUAAAAGAUGACAGACUUGGACAGCAUGUCCCAACACUGCAUCCCACAUCAGAAGAACUGACCAUUGCUGGCAUGACUUUUACAACUUUUGAUCUUGGUGGACAUGUUCAAGCUCGAAGAGUGUGGAAAAACUACCUUCCUGCUAUUAAUGGCAUUGUAUUUUUGGUGGAUUGUGCAGACCAUGAGAGGCUGUUAGAAUCAAAAGAAGAACUUGAUUCACUAAUGACAGAUGAGACGAUUGCUAAUGUGCCUAUACUGAUUCUUGGGAAUAAGAUCGACAGACCUGAAGCCAUCAGUGAAGGGCAGCGUAUCUCUGAAGGAACUGAAUGCCCGACCUUUAGAAGUUUUCAUGUGCAGUGUGCUCAAAAGACAAGGUUAUGGAGAAGGCUUCCGCUGGAUGGCACAGUACAUUGAUUAACACCAGCCCCCAUCAGAGAUUUGAUCACUCAACGUGCAUAACUUGAAUUCAAUAGACUUUUGUUGGUUAUGAAACAGAUUUUUUUUAGAUUAUUAAUAUUAUAUCAACCUAAUUUGAGUGAGAAUUGAAAACUGAUUCAAGUAAGUUUGAGUAUCACGAUGUUAGCUUUCUAAUUCCAUAAAAGAAUUAGUUUUUAUAGUUUAUAAUCUGACAUUACCCCCAGCACCAUUUCUAAAGAGCAACUUUGCAGCAGCACAUUUGAAGCACUUUUUAACAACAUGAAACUAUAAAUAGAAACCAUAUUUAAAAGCUCAUCAUGUUAAAUUUUUUAUGUACUUUUUUGGAACUAGUUUUACAAUUUUAGAAUAUAUGUCCACUAUCUGGAGUGUGUAGUUAAUAAUUAGCUUAUCCAUGAUUGCAUGAUUGCCUCUCAGUUUUCCAAAAUAUUUUUUUUCUUAUGCAAAUGUCAUGCAAUAAAGCAAACUCUAAUGUUUGGCAUCCUUUUUGGGAAAAUGUUUCAUUUGAAUGUGUCUUAUCUAGAGAACAGACUGAACAUCUGAGUAUCUAAUAUUAGAUAUCUGAGGGGAUUAUUGGGAAAAGAGAUUCCUUCAGGGUAUUUAGAAUAAUGUUUAAGCGCCUAGAGGCUGUUGCGUUCACCAUGAGACAGUUGUGCUUGGUUGUACCUGACACCACGGUUAUCUCUGCAUCAAGUGUAGUUUAUCAGUAUUCUACCAUUGGGAGUGCCGAUGGGGUCUGUGGUCCAGUCCCUGUGGAAUUGGCAUCCUGGAGCAAAGCGCAUCUGUGGUUCACAAGGUUGGUCUCAGUUCAGUAGGAGUGUAGACUCCAUCUCAGUUGUCUAAUUUUGAAGUGCUCCAGUCUUAUUGGUACCCAGUUUGGUAAAUCCGUGUCUCUUUUGUAAAAGUGGUGACAGGCACCAGUCUCUAUAUUUAAUGGU